AUGAGUCCGCCCAGAGACUCACAGCAGCCAAAGUCUCUCUGCAAACGCGCCGGAAGUGUGCUCCCCGCCCGCUAUGGUAUCGAGAGUCACCUCAUGUCAAGAUCCCAUCUCUUUCACGAGCCGGGCUUCUCGGAGGGCGAGAGUAUACUGCAGGCUCUGUACGGCUUCCUCUUCGUGGUCACCUGUGACGGAGAAGUCUUCUUCGCCUCUCGCACCGUAGAACAGUACCUGGGAUUCCAUCAGCCCCAGACCCUGGAGAUCAACGGCUGGGUGCGCGUGCUGCACGGUCAGUGUCCACGAGGGGAGGAGCCACAGCUCGCCCUGUUCGCCACCUGCUCACCCUUCGGCCCCCUCAGCCUGUUCGACAUCCCGUCCAGGGAGAUGACCUUCAAGACCAAGCACAAGAUGGACUUCUCACCCGUCACCAUGGACAACCGGAUCAUCAUCAUCAUCAUCAUCAUCAUCAUCAUCAUCAUCAUCAUCAUUACAAAAUACGUUGCACAUGCAGUGAUCAAGACGGGCAGCUCUGGCCUGAUCGCCUACCGCUGGCAGAACCGGCACCUGGCCUGGCUGUGGCUACAGUCCAGUUGUAAAGUCAUCUACAAGAAUAGCAAACCAGACUUCAUCAUCUGUACACACAGGCAGCUCACAGAAGACGAGGGUCAAGAUCUCUACGGGAAGCGAGGUAACGAGUUCAAACUCCCUUACCCGCUGCUAGACAUGGACUUGUGCACGGGCUUCGGAUUCGGCGACGAUGAAUUGAACACAAAGAGCAAAAGCAGCAAAAGCAAGAAAAAAUCUUCGGGCAACAACUGCAACAACUCGAGCAGCAACCACGCCGUUGCCGGGGCAACCGUUGCUAACAACGCCUACGGUAACACGGCAGGCGGGGGAGGGAAAGACUGUAACGGACAAAAUAUGUCCGCCAGCAAAAAACGAAAGUCCGGCUGCCUUAUCAGCGGCGUGCCCGGGUACCCUACCUACCCGGCAGCCUUCCCGACUUACGACGGCACGGGUAGCGAGUUCAAACCCCCGGAUAUCCUCUACCCUUACACAGGGAACAACUUUAGCUUUGAUACCGAUUUCUACCGGACUCAGAAUUACGGAGCUUUUUCUUCCAGCGUGUACCCGAGCAGUGAUCCUUACAGACUGGAUAUGGAGAAGCACGGGCUGGGCAACGGCUAUUUCCUUGACCACCGCCAGUACCAGCACCCCACCAUUCCAUACGGCAAUAACGGUUACUCAGACUUUGUGACGUCAUCGAAAUAUGGAUACGACAUGCCCAAAUAUGGUAUCGACACGUACAGCCUGGACCUGACGAAGAGAGUGGAGGCGGCUGGGGAUUUGAACCAGAUCACUCAGGACUCCCGCCGAUACUCCGCGGAGUUCCACCACCCCAACCACCCCGCCCACCCCAGCCCGCUCGGUCACCACCAACAUCAGCAGCAUCACCCCACCCACCACACCCAGGACCGCUACCACCACGCCCACCCCCACCACCCCGCCUCGCGUCUACCCGGGGCAACUUUUGACCCUGUAGAUCUCAGAAGCUCCGCCGCCCUUUUCGGCACCAACUCUUUCAUGAACCCCAUAGAGGGCGCCGUGGCCCCACCGUGUGUCGCCGCCUCCUCUCUCUUCAAGCCUGUCCCCGCCCCCAGCGGUCAUGUGAUGAGCGUCAAGGACCAAUCACCGAGCAAAUCUACGAGCAGUGUGUGCUCGGGACUCGUGUCACUCAGCCCAGCGACAAACCCUGACCUAAUUCCCACCCUCCCCCUCCCCAGUUUGCCUCACAGUACCGUCAUCAAAUCUACCGGCCAGCCGGAAGCCUCUUUGCAGCAUCAGCAACAGCAACAACAACAACAUCAUCACCACCAACAACAGCAUCAACAACAGCAACAACAGCAACAACAACAACAACAACACAACCAAGGACUCCUGACGUCACACUGCGUCGCCUCUUCAUCCGGCACGGACUGUGUGACGUCAUACCCUACAACAACUCGGUCACCCUGGAACUCUUGCCUUAAACCCUCCACGCCCGGCUGUGGCCAGUCUGUGAUGACGUCACUGGACUCUGUCGGCUCUGGAUGCAUCUCAGCCUCUCAUGAGCCAGGCCUUAAGUCCGUGAUAGACACGGGCAAGCACGCGGUGGGAGGAGGAAGUAACAGCCCAGGCUAUCUUGGGCGGCCCAGCUCCGGGGGACAAGACAGUCAGUCUAGGUGAGACUCAGUCAAAGAUAUCUCAUGAUC